GUGUGGGCUCAUCUGGACCGCUUAAUGCGCCAGUGUCUUCCGCCUGUCUGCCCGGCUCCUUGUCUGCGUGUGGGUUAUGUUGCCCUGCAGGUCGGACGCGCUCUCUUUUCUAACGAAGAUGCUGUGCGAGUAUUGCUCUUGUCAGCUCUAGCUGCACGGCUGAGUCAAAAAUGGUCUGGCAAAGCCUGCUAGCUGGAGAUCUGAUGCCACAAUGAAGACCCACACUCGGGGAGCUCCCAGUGUAUUUUUCAUACACCUCCUUUGUUGGGUUGUCAUCCAUGGCGCACAAGAAAGCACAAAUCUACAAGUACCAUUCAUUAAUGCAAAGUAUGAUGGGUUUCCAAUGUUGUUCUUCUCUAAGGGUGAGAUGGAAGAGCUGCGUGCCCAAGCAGUGGGUACUCAUCGGCACAUUGCAUCCCGAAUAAAUGAAGCAGUCCAUGUUAUGCUAACCAACCCCAGUGAAUACCUCCCACCAUGGGAUCCAAAAGAUUUUUCUGCCAGGUGGAAUGAGAUUUAUGGCAACAAUCUUGGUGCACUGGCAAUGUUCUGUGUCUUGUACCCGGAUAACACAGAAGCACUGAGUCUGGCCAGAGAAUACAUGGAAAGGAUGGCAGCGCAGCCUAGUUGGCUAGUAAAGGAUGCUCCCUGGGAUGAGGUUCCCUUGGCACAUUCACUUGUUGGUUUCGCUACUGCUUAUGACUUUCUCUACAACUCCCUUACCAAUCACCAAAAAGAGAGGUUUCUUGAGGUUAUUGCCAAUGCUUCAGGAUAUAUGUACGAGACUUCAUACAGGAGGGGAUGGGGGUUUCAGUACCUGCAUAACCAUCAGCCAACCAACUGUGUGGCCCUACUGACUGGUAGUUUAGUAAUGAUGAAUCAAGGGUACCUGCAAGAAGCCUACUUCUGGACAAAGCAAGUUCUGACCAUCAUGGAGAAGUCUAUUGUUUUGUUGAAUGAUAUUACGGAUGGUUCCUUGUAUGAAGGAGUGGCAUAUGGCAGCUACACCACUAGAUCUCUCUUUCAGUACAUCUUUCUUGUCCAAAGGCAUUUUGACAUCAAUCAUUUUAACCAUCCCUGGCUGAAAGAGCACUUUGCCUUUAUGUAUAGAACUGUCCUGCCAGGGUUUCAAAGAACUGUUGCAAUAGCAGACUCAAAUUACAACUGGUUCUAUGGACCCGAGAGCCAGUUAGUGUUUUUGGACAAAUUUGUAUUAAGGAAUGGAAGUGGUAACUGGUUGGCAGAGCAGAUCCAGGCAAACCGGGUGCAAGAAGGACCUGGGACUCCAGCCAAAGGACAACGAUGGUGCACGCUGCAUACAGAGUUUCUUUGGUAUGAUGCAACUUUACAACCGGAACCACCACCUGAUUUUGGCGUACCACGGCUACAUUUUUUUGAGGAUUGGGGAGUGGUGACAUACGGAAGUUUUCUGCCAGCUGAAAUAAACAGACCUUUUCUUUCCUUCAAGUCUGGAAAAAUUGGAGGUCGUGCAAUAUUUGAUAUUGUUCACAAAAAUAAAUAUAAAGAGUGGAUCAAGGGGUGGAGGAAUUUCAAUGCCGGACACGAACAUCCUGAUCAGAAUUCAUUCACUUUUGCACCUAAUGGUUUUCCUUUUAUAACAGAAGCUUUAUAUGGACCAAAAUAUACUUUCUUAAACAAUGUUUUAAUGUUUUCACCUGCAGUAUCUGAUACUUGCUUUGCUCCGUGGCAAGGUCAGGUUACUGAAGACUGUACAUCAAAGUGGUUGAAAUAUAGAUAUGGCGAAGCUGCAGACUCUCAAGGAAAGGUGGUAGCAGCUUUGGAGAAAACUGGGAUUGUUUUUAUUAGGGGGGAAGGAGUUGGUGCUUACAGUCCUGACUUGAAAUUAAAAACUGUUCAAAGAAAUUUAGUUUUACUCCAUCCACAACUGCUGCUUCUUGUAGACCAUAUUCAUUUAGAACAUGGCAGCACUUUGGAAGCAACAACCAGCUAUUUCCACAAUGUGGAUAUGCCUUUUGAGGAGACAUCUGUUGAUGGUGUCCAUGGGGCAAUACUCAGACACAAAGAUGGAAUGUAUAAAAUGUUUUGGAUGGAUGACACUGGCUUGAGUGAGAAAGCAGUCAUUUCAUCAAGUGUAUAUCCCCAUGGAUACCCAUACAAUGGGACGAACUAUGUAAAUGUUACAACCCAUCUCAGGAAACCAAUCACUAGAGCCAUUUAUCUUUUUAUUGGACCUUCUGUGGAUGUUGAGAGUUUUAGUGUCCAUGGAGACUACCAGCAGGUGGAUGUGUACCUUGCAACUGCUGAACAUGCAUACGCAGUUUACCUUUUCACAGGAGAUACCCCCAGCCAGUCAAUUUAUGCUAAGGUUGUUGCAGACAGACAGAAAAUAGUCUUUGACAAGAGUUCAUCCAUCAUGAGCUCUACACCAGUAGAAGUAAAAGAUUAUGUCACAAUCGUGGAGCAAAAUCUUCAGCAUUUUAAGCCAGUUUUUCAACAAAUGGAAAAGAAAAUCCUGUCUAAAGUCCGAAAUACAGACAGUUUUCGUAAGACAGCAGAGCGGCUGCUAAGAUUUUCAGAUAAACGAAAUACAGAGGAAGCCAUUGAAAAGAUAUUUGCCAUUUCACAACAGCAGAGGCAGCAAGAAAAGACCAAAAAAAUAAAAAAGGGCACAAAAAAUUACAAGUUUAUCAAUGCUGUCCCAGACAUUUUUGCACAAAUAGAGGUAAACGAAAAGCAGACGCGACUGAAAGCAAUGGCACGUGCUGAAAGUGAACUUCCAGCUGAUGAAGAUGAAGAAAUGAAAGAUCUUUUGGAUUUUGUAGAUGAACCAUAUGCCAAGAAGAAAAGCAGUUCAUUCAGCAGACAAGACUCCCUGCAUAUGCUUACAACUCUUCAUGGUGGCCCCAACUCAAUAUCUGCCUCUUACACCAGACUUUUUCUUAUCUUAAACAUAGCCAUUUUUCUAGUUCUUCUAGCGUUGCAAUUAUCACGGUUUUUAAAGACUAAGAGUAUGCAUCGAAAAAAAUGCCUCUAUGCCAUACUUUUAGUUGAUUUUUGUAUAUUAAUGUGGUUGUAUUCAUCCUGUUAUAGAUCACAGUGUUAGUCAAGCACUGACUCUUGUGUGGCUGCUAAUCUAUGCAAUAACUAUAAACAGACCAGCAACAUUUCCAGUUAUUACUUAAUUUGUUAAUGAAGCUGUUCUUAUGAUGCAUUUUCAGAGAUCCAAAUAGUUUUUUUUUUUAAUACAUAAUGUUAUAUAUAUAUAUAUAUAUAUUUUUUUUCUAUAAAGGGAAAAACAUAAGUGACUAUGAAUGUUAAUCUGUGAACUUGAUUGAAAAAGAAAAAAGUAAUCUACAAAACUAAAAAUAAUUAUCACUCAUAAGUUCCUCCAGUAAAUAAAUAUUGCAAAUAAAUCAUUUUUAGCAACAAAAAAAGUAAGUUUUUACAUUUUGUUGUACCACACACAAUGUAAAUUGUUUUUCUACAAAAAAUAGAAGAAAAUGUUGUGAAAUAAAUGUUGUGUACAUGUAUCAUUCAAA